GAGAGAAGCCGCUCUCGCAGUACGACGCCAAACAAGCUCUCUCUCUCUCUCUCUCGCACAAGAGCUCACGGAAUUAAGAAAACACACACGGAACUUUAUUUCGUCUCCACGGUUACGAGGCCCCGCUGCUCCGCCCACAGUUUCUCCCUUUUUGAGGACGUAUAACGGAACGCACACCUGUGGAACCGCUGCUACACGAGCACUCACCUAGCAGGACCCCGCCUACCUGCCGGAAAACCUACCUGAGGAAGGCAGAGAGUGCGUGAGUAAAGGUCUUAGGACGGUGUGAACUACCCCAUACUGGAGGGUGAUCGGGGUCGUACAGAGGACCAAUCAGGCCAGAGAUGGUGCCGCAGGGCAGGGCAGGGGCGUUGGCCGAAUUGGGACUUCUGCUGUUGCUCUGGCAGGACGUGUUCGCAAUGGAGGUCCCCCUGGACUUCAAACAGCCCCCCACCAUUACCAAACAGUCGAUGAAGGAGCACCUCGCGGACCCCAAAGAAGGCAUCUUCAUCGAGUGUGAAGCCAAAGGAAACCCUUUCCCAUCUUUCUCGUGGCUAAGGAACGGGAAGUACUACAAUGUUCCGCGGGACUCCUGGGUGUCCAUGAGGCGGUGGUCGGGCACGCUGGACAUGGGCUUCGGCCACGGCCGACGCCCGGAGGAGUACGAAGCCGAGUACCAGUGUUUCGCCACGAACGAGUACGGCUCGGCCGUCUCCGACAAGAUCCGGCUCCGAAUCGCCAAGUCCCCGCUGUGGCCCAAAGAGGUUCUGGAGCCCGUAGCUGUGAACGUGGGCUUCCCAUUGAUCCUCCCCUGUAACCCCCCUGGGCUGCCCCGACCACAGACCUUCUGGAUGAACAGCUCCAUGCUGCCCAUCCCUCAGGACCGCAGGGUGUCCAUGGGGGCGAACGGAGACCUCUACUUCUCUCACAUCACGAUCAACGACUCGCUGACAGACUACAGCUGCAACGCCCGCUUCAAGGCCGCUCAGACCGUCCAGCAGAAGAGCCCGUACGCCCUCAAAGUGCUGACCACUCGGAUGGUGGCCGAGACAGUGCCCUCGUUCCUGACCCCGUCCGGGACGUCCAGCAUCAAGGUGGUUCUGCGAGGGGAAGAGCUGAUCCUAGAGUGCAUCCCAGCCGGAUUCCCCACCCCCGUGGUCAGGUGGUAUAAAAAGGGCGGUGACGUCCCGUUGCGGAAGGUGAAGCUGGAGAACUUCAACAAGACGCUGCGCAUCCCCCGAGCCACCGACGAUGACACGGCCGACUACACCUGCAUCGCCACCAACAGGAAAGACGUCAUCCGCCACGUCUUCAACGUCCAAGUCAAAGUGCUUCCCUAUUGGGUAGAAAAGCCCGCAAACCUGAUUGUGGCGCCGGAUGAGAAUGGCCGGAUAGUGUGCCGGGCCCAGGGCACCCCUAAACCCACCGUCCAAUGGCUGGUGAACGGGGAGCCCCUCGAGAUCGCCCGGCCGAACCCCAGCAGGCAGGUUUCGGGGGACACCCUGGUCUUCCGCUCGGUGCAGGUGGGCAGCAGCGCCGUGUACCAGUGCAACGCCUCCAACGACUACGGCUACAUCCUCGCCAACGCCUUCGUCCACAUCCUGGACGCGGCCCCCCGCAUGCUGGGCCCCUGGAACCAGGUGGUGAAGGUGAUCGAGAACAAUCGCACCUUCCUCAACUGCCCCUACUUCGGCGCCCCCGUGCCCGAGCUGCGCUGGUUUAAAGAUGGUCUGAGCGCCAUUUUAACUGGGGGUCAGUACAGAACCCUUCCAAACGGCACCCUUGAGAUCCGGCGGGUCCGAUCACAUGACCAGGGCUCCUACACCUGCGUGGCCGUGAGCAGGAUGGGGAGGGCCGAGAACCAUGUCCGCCUGGAGGUCAAAGAGCCGACCCGGUUCUUGCGGUCGCCACUGCGCCUAACGGCCAGCAGGGGGAGCCUGGCGCGCCUGGACUGCAAGGCCAAGCAUGACAUCACCCUGCCCAUCACCGUGACCUGGCUGAGGGACAACAAGCCCAUCAGCCUGGGCUGGAGGCUCAGAAAGGAGGAGGAUCACCUGGCCAUCCCAGGGAUCCACAGGGAGGAUGAGGGUAAAUACACCUGCAUCAUCAAAACUGAGCUGGACGAGAUCUCUGCCUCUGCUCGUGUCACUGUCAUAGACCGGCCGGACCCCCCCACAGACCUGGAGCUGUCCGACCCCUCGGAGCGCAGCGUCCGGCUCACCUGGGUGCCCGGAGACGAUAACCACAGCCCCAUCCUGGAAUUCCUGGUGCAGUUCGAGGAGGAUCGAUGGUUAGCAGGCGGGUGGCAGAACCUGUCCAGUUACCCCGGCAACCUCAACUCCGUCAUCCUGCAGCUGGCACCCUUCACCAUCUACCAGUUCCGGGUCUUCGCCAUCAACGCCAUCGGCUGGAGCCGCCCCAGCCCGCCCUCACAGCGCUACAAGACCAGCGGGGCCCCUCCGGACGCCAUUCCUCAGAACAUCAGAGGGGUGGGCUACAGGAGGACCAACAUGGAGAUCAGCUGGCAGGCCCUGAAGGACACGGAGAGGAAUGGGCCGUACCUGCGCUACGUGGUGUGGUGGCGCCGCCGGGACUCGCGGGAGGAGUGGAAGAACGCCACCACCUACUGGCGGAGGUACUACAUCUACGACACGGACACCUUCACCCCCUACGAGAUCAAGGUGCAGGCCAUGAACGACUUUGGGCUGGGCCCCGAGUCGCCCAUCAUCAUAGGAUACUCCGGGGAGGACCGGCCCCUCGCCGCUCCCACCAACGUGCGUGUGACGAGGACGGAGAGCACCACGGCGACGGUGCACUGGACCCCCGUACCCCAGAACAGCAUCAUGGGAGCGCUAAAGGAGUACAAGGUGUACUACUGGCGCGACAGCAGCAUGCUGCCGUGGCUGAGCGUCCGCAGGGACAGGAGGAGCCGGGGCUUCUACACCACCAGCCCGCGGCCCUGGGGCCUCCUGACCGAGCUCAUGCCCUACAGCAACUACAGGAUGCACAUGGUGGUGGCCAACAAUCGCUACGAGGGCCCGCCCAGCACCACCAUAGAGUUCCAGACCAAGGAGGGAGUACCAGGCCCUCCCGAAUACCUGACGGUCCAACAGAGACACCUGGACACCAUAUACGUGGAAUGGGAGCCCCCACCUGAACCCAACGGAAUCCUGACGGGGUACACCCUAACGUACCAGACAGUGAACGGCAGCAGAGAGGCGGGGCGUCUGCAGGUGCAGUCGCUCCCCGUGAACGUGACCAGCUUCUCCAUGCGCCGCCCCGACCGCUACACCCGCUACAAGUUCACUCUGGUGGCGCUGACGCAGCUGGGCGCCGGGGAGGAGCGCAGCGAGGAGUCACCGCACUACACCACCGAAGCUUUCUCCAGGGAGCAGGUGGACAUCUCCACGCAGGGCUGGUUUAUUGGGGUCAUGUGUGCCGGUGCCCUGCUGGUGCUCAUCCUCCUCAUCGUGUGCUUCAUCAAGAGGAGCCGCGGGGGAAAGUACCCAGUGCGAGAAAAGAAAGACAUGCCGAUGGACUCAGGUGAUGAGAAAGACCAAGAUGGCUCCUUUGACUACCGGUCUCUAGAAAGGAUAAAUCGUGUCUCCACCCUUCCAUAUCCAAAACGGGACGAGGACAGCCGGCAGAUGCAGGCGAGCCAGAGCCAGGCCUCGCUGGACGGGCGGGUGAAGAUGCAUGACAGCGAGGACGACAGCCUGGUGGAGUACGGUGACGGCGGCGACGGAGACGGGCAGUUCGACGAGGACGGCUCCUUCAUCGGCCAGUACACGGGCAAGAAGGACCGCGAGGAGCCCGACUGCAUCCCCAGGUCCGAGCCCACGUCCCCCAUCAACGCCAUCUACUCCCUGGCGUAGCCGUGACAACGGGAGCGGGGGGGGAGGGGCAGGAGGAUAGGAGUCUUAUGACUUGACUGAACAACAAACACAAACACACAGACACACAUGAAGACAGACACACACACACACACACCACAGAAACACACACACCAGGAAGCAGAGACACGUUUUUCCUAAGCCCCUCCCCUCAAGAGGAAGCAACGAAUCACACGAGCACCAAGACGGCCUUUUAGCCCCGCCUCCCUACUGGCACAGCAGACAAGCCGACUGGAGCCAGGACUUGAGCAGGACCAGGACAGGACUCCCGCCUCAGAUCUUGUGUACUACAGAGCGUGUUCUACAGAUGUUGUACUACAAGGGGGAUUGUUACUUAUGGAAAGUGUGGAGGAGAGGGACUUGAUUAUAGAUGGGACAGGGGAGGG